AUGGCGUCUCCAGUGCCUGAUGAGAGCAACGCUCUGACCCUGUUCGAAGUUCCCACCUUCGAUGUGGCAAUGAGUGGAUCAGACCUUGACAUGACCACUGGCGUCCAGGUCGACAAUCCCUCCGAGGAGGUCAUCGCUCUCCGCAACCACAUGGAACGGUGCUAUCGCAUGGCAAUGGACUUAUCAACGUCUGUAGACCAGUCCCAUCGUCAACAAGCUAAAGUGCGACAAAUGUACGACACGUUGCGCGCACAGUACACGGCGAUGGCCAGCCUGCACAACAGUCACGUGACCAUCUCGGAACAGCAGAUGACGGCUUUCACAGAAGCCAUGGGCAAGGCCAGUCGGGAUUUUAGCAACCAAGUAUAUGGAGUUCUCGCACGAUUCUCGAACGAUGCAGCCAUCAGGACAAAGGCCAUCGAACGCCUAGAGGAGGUGUCGCAGCAUCACGAACAAUCGCUCCGUACCCUCCAGGAACAGUUCGACAAACAACGCACCUUCAACUCGAAUGUCGAACACUGGGCUGGAAGGCGCGAUGCGGACAUCGAGAACCUCCUGGCCCGAAAACUCGUCAACCACGAGCAACUUGACAGUCGGGCCCAGGAGCAAUUUGAGCGCCUGCAGGCAUACACGAAGGAAGUCCUCCGUGCUGCGGGAGUUCGACAUGCCACAGUAGAGAGUGUCAUGGAGAGCGUAGGACGCGCCUCACAAGCGCCAGGGGACAAAGAAUCUCCCACCUACUUGGAACACCCACCAGCGCGUACCAAGCUGCCUCCGACCUCUUCUUCGGCGUUCCAACAUCUGUCGAGGGAAGCCUUACAGGCGGCCACCUACAGAAAAAUGCAAACACAGUCGCGCCGGGACUACAAUGGUCUCCGGUCGCUUACCAUCGGGGGCAUGCCUCCUGGAGGAAUGGGUCCCCCACCACGACCUCCGCUGGGCCGGAUACCAGAACCCGACCCCUCGGACGACGGCUCUGACAACGAGUCCCGUACGCCUUCACCGCCACGCCGCCCCCCUGGAGGACCUCUUCCGCGGCUGCAGAGCACCCCACCACACGAGUCGGCCAGCGCCGAUCGCCUUUUCCAACUCCUAGAAGCGUCCAUACACAAGCCUGUGGUGGUUAACCCUGUCCAGUUGGCCAAACCGCCCACCUUCAGCGGAAAGGACAGGACCAAGUUUCGUGGAUGGUGGAGGCAAGUCCUCAAUUAUAUGUCCUCGUACCCUGAGGCCUUCCCAACCGACAAGCUCAAGAUCAAUUGGGUUGGGUCCCUCCUCACCGAUUACGCCCAGAAGAUUCACCAGGGCCGGCAACAAGCGGUAGAGGAGUUGGUCAUCACCGACACGUGGGCAGCGUACUCCGAGGCCCUAAGCCAGCAAUUGUCCGACCCCGCACAGGCUCACCGCAGCGAGACCAAGAUGCGGGAGCUCAAGUACAAAGGGGACACUUCGCAGUAUUUGGCUGAGCUCCUGGAACUCAACACCGACGUCAACUGGACAGGACCUAGUUUCCAGAAAUUGAUCGCACGCACACUUCCGAAGCGAGUCAUGGAACUAGUCUACGCCAAACGGGGAGCACUCCCCACGUUGGACCAGGAAUUCAUCCACGCUGUCGGAGAAGCGGGUCGAACGUACGAGUUGAUGCAGGAAGACGAUACUCUCCGCACCUCUCGACAGGGAAAAGACGAGCCCGAUUCGACAUCGGGGCGCUCGAAAUCGGGCCAACCCAGAGCCAAGGACAAGCGCCCCAGCAACUCAAAUCCAUCCUCAAAAGCGAAGCAGUUCGACGAGAAGGAUCGCAAAUGGCCCGACUUCCCAGCCGCUCUCAACGGAGUCGACCAAGACAAGGUCGAACAACGGAAGAAAAACGGCAAAUGUUUCCGCUGUGGCCGUGAUCAUCACACCCUCGUCUGCUUCGCAAAGAAGGACUUGGAGGGACACGAGUUGCCCACUCCCGCUAAGAUUUCCGCCGUCAAAAGGAAACGAACACGCGAGGAAACCACCACUCCGAGCAAAUCCGCUCCGCCCGAAAAGAAAUUCAAAAUCGACACCCUACGGGUUCUCGACGAACAAAUGGAGGGACCGAACAUCUACGAGCUCCCCCCGUCAGACGAGGUCACGAAUAUGCUAGCGGAGCGGCGCGGGACGCCCGGGCCAAUCAGCAAAAGGACCAAUCAGGAAUCCAAGACGGUGAUUAGGGUGACUAGGGCGAUUAGGGUGAUCAAAGGCCGCUCGGGAGCACCGACGAGACAACGGCCGAUCGGUGCAGUCAUUUCCGCGGCCGCUGCAGUCAAACGAAAGCGGAAUGACAACCCAUCCGACUCUGAGAACCAGAACAAACGACCCAAACCGCCUCAUAUCGGAGGCAGAGUGAUCGUACCAAUGACGCUGAUUCUCCCCACGAAAGGACGACCCCGGGAACAGAGAGUUCGUGUCCUUCUCGAUGACGGGGCCGAAGUCCCCGCAAUGUCGCUACCCCUGGUACAGCGCCUAAACAUUCCGCGCUGGACACACUCUGUCCCGCGGGUGUUUAAGGCCUGGGACGGAAGUGAAACUGGUCAGGGCUCUGAAUACACCGGACCAGUAGUACUCCGCCACGGCGAGGACCACUUCACGAGCCUGUCCUUAGAACUAUCCCCUUUGGACGACGAAGUCGACGUCAUUCUCCCCUACUGGUGGCUGCAAAGGCACCAGCCCCAAGGAUUCUGCCAAGGUCCCAAGUUUGUCGCCUUCAAGAGCGACUACUGCCGCCAGCACUGCACCAGCCUCGCGGAACUUGGCAAAAUGGGGCGUAUCAGUUCAAUCACUACGGACACUCCGAUGAACGAAAUCCCGGAGAAAUUCCGUAAGCUUGCACCUCGUGUGGCAAGCAAUCCGGAGCAACGCCUUCCAUCGCAUCAACCAUGGGACCACGCAAUCGAUCUCAAACCAGACGCGACGCUCUCUUGGGGGCCUGUUUAUGCCAUGAGUGGAAAGGAACUCAAGUUCCUCCGAGGAUGGCUGGACGAGAUGCUGAAAGAAGGGAAGAUCCGACCAUCCAAGUCGUCACGCAGUGCUCCCAUCUUCAUGGUAGACAAAGAUGCUUCCAUUGAGAAGAAGGGCACCAACGACAACAACCUUCGACCCGUGGUGGACUGGCGAGAUCUCAACGAGAAAACCAUACCGAAUCGGUACCCGCUGCCUCUCAUCAACGAGCUUCAAGAUCGACUUGAGCGAGCAAAGCACUACACCAAGCUCGACAUGAAGUCAGGGCUCAACCUCAUCCGUGUCAAGGAAGGGAACGAGUGGAAAACCGCGUUUCGAUGCCGGUACGGACUAUUUGAGUUCACCGUCAUGCACUUUGGAAUGACCAACGCACCGGCCACCUUUCAGUUUAUGAUGAAUGCCAUCUUCAGCGACCUGAUAGACGUUGGCGUACUCGUCUACGUAGACGACGUUCUCAUCUAUGCCGAAACGGAGGAGGAACACGAUCGCCUUGUACUCGAGGUUCUCAAACGCUUGCGGGAAAACAAUCUCAUCAUCAAUCCCAAGAAAUGCGUAUGGAACCAGAUGCAGGUCGAGUACCUGGGAUACAUCAUCUCCGCGGCAGGCAUCCAGAUGUCUAAGAAGAAGGUGGAUUGCAUCACAAACUGGGCAGCACCCACGAACCUCAAGGAAUGCCAGUCUUCUGUGGGAUUCGCCAACUUUUACAGACGGUUCAUCAACAACUUCUCAGCCAUCGCGCGACCACUCACAUCCUCACUCAAGUUGGAAAAGGAGUGGAAAUGGACCCCUUCAAUGAAGGAAGCCUUCACUCAGCUCAAAGUCGCAUUCGCAACAGCACCAAUUCUCGCGCAUCAUGACCCCGCGAGACAGUGCAUUGUCGGAACGGAUGCUUUGGACUUCGCUAUCGGCGCCGUAGUCUCACAGAAACAGGACGAUGGGAAACUUCAUCCUGUCGCGUUUCAUUUUCGCAAGCUCACUCCGGCGGAGAUGAACUAUGAAGUACAUGACAAGGAACUUCUGGCGAUCGUGGACUGCUUCAUGGCCUGGCGCCGGUCCCUCGAAGGAACGGAGCACACCGUCGAGGUGUUCACUAACCACCACAACCUUGAGUACUUUACUUACGCGAAGGUGCUGAAUCGACGGCAAGCCCGGUGGGCUCAGCUCCUCUCUACCUACCGGUUUGUAAUCCACUACCGGCCAGGGUCACAAAAUGGAAAAGCCGAUGUUCUGUCCCGAUUACCACAACAUCGACCCGAGAAAGGGGGAGAUGAGGACCAGCCGGUCACGACGGUCCUAAAGGGAAAACAUUUCGCCCCCAAAAAAGGCGGCUACACCGUUCUUUCGUCGGUUCGCCUCGCCAGCAUCCCGGUUCAAGCAUGGGAAAGCAGCUUCGUGGAGCAAGUCAAGAGCGCGGCAGAACACGAUCAGGACUACGCCGACAUGCUCAAACAGCCAGACAAGCACCACACGAUAGCCGAGGACCUCCUAUACCGACACGGGGUGCUACGCAUCCCCAACCACGAACUUCUCAAGAAAGAAAUCUUUCACUCAGAACACGAUUCUGUGGUCGCAGGACACCAAGGCAUGGACAGGACACUUGACCUCAUCCGCCGCAACUUCUGGUGGCCCGCCAUGGAGGAAGACGUUCGGGAAUACGUUCGAGGAUGCCUGGAAUGUCAGCGCAACAAGAACCCCCGACAUGGUGUCUUUGGCCUGCUCCAACCCAUGGAGAUAAAAUGGAAACCCUGGAGAUCCAUUUCCAUGGACUUCAUUACCAGCCUACCAUUGUCAAACGGAUGCGAUUCCAUCUGGGUCAUAGUAGACAUGUUCACAAAGAUGGCUCACUUCAUUCCUCUGAAGGUGGAAGGAAAGAAAGCGGACGACUCAAUCCGUAUCUUCGCUCGAGAAUACUGGCGACUACACGGCGUUCCGUCAGACAUUGUGUCAGACAGAGACUCUCGGUUCACCGGCCACCUCUGGGAGGACUUUCUGAAACUCGUUGGCAUCAAGUCCAGGAUGAGUACAGCAUUCCACCCACAGACGGACGGACAAACCGAAAUUGUCAACCAGACCCUGGAGACCUACUUACGCGCAUUCGUCAACUACGAAAUGAGCAACUGGUAUGAUCUCCUCCCCGUCGCGGAAUUCGCCCACAACAAUGCGAAGGGAGCUUCCACAAAGAUGACGCCCUUCUUUGCCAACUACGGGUAUCAUCCCGCAGCUCACAAUCCCACGGAACUCCGCACCAUAGCGCGAAACCCAGCAAGCCGGCUUUACGCACAUUGGAUGAAGGAAGUGCAUGAAGAGGCAGUCAAGAACAACCAACAUGCCCGUGACCGCAUGAAGCUCUGGGCGGACAAGAAACGCAAGGAAGCCCCCAACUUCGAAAAGGACCAACUGGUCCUGUUGAACGCACGCAACAUCAAGACUCGCCGACCGACCAAGAAGCUGGACAAGAAGAUGCUCGGUCCAUUCCAGAUUGUCCAAAUGGUGUCGCCUUCUGCGGCCAAGCUCAAACUCCCUUCGUCAUGGCGAAUCCAUGAUACAUUCCAUGUCUCACUCCUUGAACCCUUUCGCACCGGCAGUCAAGGUACACCCGAUGUCGAACAAGUGCUGAAGGAUAUGGGACCGGUAGAACCGGGAGUAUCAAGUGGAACAGAUAAUGGACGCCAUGACGGUGGGCGAAGGAGUUAA